AUGGCGUCCCCCUCGGCCGUCGACUACAUCUCGGAGCAGCCCAAGGAGAUUCGGCAACUCGACCCUCGAGGCCGGACUGAGCCUGCCGCCGUCGACGGCGGCGACGCGUUCGAGGAGCACGGCGACGGUCGGGUCAGCUUGCCGACGUGGGCGACUGUCAAGCACAAGCUCACGACGCGAGACGGGUGGUUCGGCGACUACGACUUUGGCUACCUGUGCAUGCCGCAGCUGCCGUGCUCGUUCGGCCGAGGCAAGAAGGAGAUGCGCAGCGCCCAGUUCUACGGCCUCAACGAGUCGAUGCCGCUCAUGCUCGCCAUCAUCUGCGGGCUCCAGCACGCCCUCGCCAUGCUCGCCGGCCUCAUCACGCCGCCCAUCAUCUUUGCCGGCCAGCUCGGCUUCUCGGGUGCCCGCCAGAAUCAGAUGGUCGCCGUCUCGCUCCUCGCGUCGGGCAUCCUCUCGAUCGUCCAGAUGACCCGAGUGCCCAUCCCGUUCACCAACAAGCGGUACUGGCUCGGUACGGGCCUCAUCACGGUCGUCGGCACGUCGUUCGCGACCCUGAGCACGGCGUCGGCCAUCUUUAGCGCCCUGUACGCCGACGGAACCUGCCCGUCGACGGUCGUCAACGGCACGGUCGUUCGCGGCGCUUGCCCCGAGGCGUACGGCAUGCUCCUCGGCACGUCGUGCCUGUGCUCGAUCCUCCCGAUGGCCAUGAGCUUCGUCCCGCCCCGCAUCCUCAAGCGCAUCUUCCCGCCGACCGUCACGGGCGUCGUCGUCCUCCUGAUCGGCGCCAAGCUCGUCGGCGAGAGCGGCGCGCUCAACUGGAUGGGCGGCAGCGGCGCGUGCCGCUCGAGGCCCGCCGAGGGCCUGUUCGCGCUGUGCCCGUCGAUCAACGCGCCGCAUCCUCUCCCUUGGGGCUCGGCAGAGUUCCUCGGGCUCGGCUUCCUGUCGUUCAUGACCAUCAUCAUCAUCGAGUUUGUCGGGUCGCCCGCCAUGCGCUCGGCGAGCAUCAUCCUCGGCCUCGCCGUCGGGUGCCUCGUCGCCGGCCCGCUCGGCUACAUCGACUCGAGCAGCAUCCGCACCGCGCCCGCCAUCACUUUCCUCUGGGUCGAGACUUUCCCCCUCAAGAUCUACGGCCCGGCCAUUCUUCCGAUGCUCGCCGUAUACAUCUCUCUCGCCAUGGAGGCCAUCGGCGACGUGACGGCGAGCUCUGAGGCGUCGCGCCAACCCGUCAAGGGCGCCCUGUUCGACUCGCGCAUCCAAGGAGGCGUCCUCGCCGACGGCCUCAACGGGCUCUUAUCGGGCCUCGCCAUGAACGCGCCCGUAUCCAUCUUUGCGCAGAACAACGGCGUCAUCUCGGUCACGCGCUGUGGCAACCGCUUUGCGGGCUACGUCUGCGCCUGCUUCCUCAUCCUUUUCGGCAUCCUCGCCAAGAUCUCGGGCGUCUUCCUCGCCAUCCCCAACUCGGUCCUCGGUGGCGUCACGACGUUCCUCUUUGCGUCGGUCGCCGUCUCGGGCCUCAAGAUCCUGAGCACGGCGUCUUUCUCUCGGCGGGACCGCGUCAUUCUCGCCGCCGCACUGUCGUUCGGCCUCACGACGAUGCUUGUCAAAGACUGGACGAGCUACAUCUUCACCUACAAAGGCGGCAACGCAGCGCUCAAGGGCUUCAUGAACUCGCUCAUCAUCAUCCUCUCGACGCCCUUCCUCAUCGCCGGCAUCAUCGCCUCGCUCUUGAACGCGACGCUCCCGCUCGACGCCGAUGACGAGGACAAGGCGCAGCACCCACCGCUCCUCCUCGACGACGACGCGACCGACUCGCUCGAAUCGGGUCGGCAUGCAGGUGCCGCGACGAGCCGCAGCGCGAGGGCCGACGAGGACGACAAGGGCCUCUGA